AACAUGUCAGCAGGAAACAACUGUACAGUGACUGAGUUCAUCUUGGCUGGGCUCUCAGAGAAGCCCGAAGUCCAGAUGCCCCUCUUCCUUCUCUUCAUUGGAAUCUAUGUGGUCACUGUGGUGGGGAAUCUGGGCAUGAUCACACUGAUUGUGCUCAGUUCCCACCUGCACAACCCCAUGUACUAUUUCCUCUGCAGUCUGUCCUUCAUUGACUUCUGUCAGUCCACAGUUGUUACCCCAAAAUUGCUGGUGAGCUUUGUGACAGAGAAGAAUCUCAUCUCUUAUCCUUCAUGCAUGACUCAGCUCUACUUCUUCACCAUUUUUGGCAUUGCAGAGUGUUACACUUUAGCUGCAAUGGCAUAUGACCGCUAUGUUGCCAUCUGUAAACCCUUGCUUUACAGUGUCACCAUGUCCUAUCAGAUUUACAGUUCCAUGAUUGCAGGAGUGUAUAUUUUUAGUGUGUUCAAUGCAUCAGUUCACACAGGCUUCAUGAUAAGGAUUCAGUUCUGUCAAUUAGAUGUGAUCAACCACUAUUUUUGUGAUCUUCUUCCCCUCUUGAAGCUUGCACACUCUAAUACCCAUAUCGAUGAAUUGUUGAUUCUAUUGUUUGGUACAUUGAACAUCUGUGUCCCAGUCUUUACCAUCAUUACUUCCUACACCUCCAUCAUUGCCAGCAUCCUCCACAUUCGCUCCACUGAAGGAAGGACCAAAGCCUUCAGUACGUGUAGUUCUCACAUCUCUGCUGUUGCUAUCUUCUUUGGUUCUGGUACAUUCAUGUACUUACAGCCAUCAUCAAUGAAUUCGAUGGGCCAAGGAAAAGUGUCAUCUGUGUUUUAUACUAUUGUUGUUCCCAUGCUAAACCCCUUGAUCUAUAGCCUGAGGAAUAAGGAUGUCAGUACUGCCCGGAAGAAAAUAUGUCAAAGAAAAACAUUCAUAUAA